AUGGAGUCAGACUCAACUUAUGUGGAGGAAGGCCAGCAUGUCGCAUCCUCACCGUCGCCGGAUCGGAUUCUACCUUCAUCACCACCUCACAUCACGCAGCCGCACCCACAAGCAGGCAUCACGUCCCCAGGAGCCACAUCGACAUCACAGCGGAUAGUGCCGUCGUUGAUAUCGGAGAAUCCACACGCCCAAGGCGAAGACGGUAAAACCUACUUCCGACGACUGAAUCGCUACUUCGGCCCGGCUUCGACAUGGCUCUCCUGGACGAAGGAGGAAAGAACCACGGUCCUCAGUCUCGACCGUAUGCGAAGCCAGGAUCUUAGCACCCAUCUGUUCAGUGCGUUCGGGCUUAAACGUAAGGCGCGUGCAUCGGCUGGGAGAGAGCCCAAACGGCGGAGGAAGGGCAAGGAGCGAGCCUCGUCCGCUGCUCCGUCUGGCACGGGAGAUGAUGUCGAUGCCGUUGCUGGAGCCCAGCUGCAGGGCAGAGACAGCAGGUUUAGUCUGUCCAGGUCAUGGACUGCUUGGCCGAUGCAUCCUGACGAGGUGCCCAGGGAGGAGUUACUUCCGCGCCUACACCAUGAUGGCAUACGUUGUGCGCACGUCGAUGUAAGACCCAGUGCUCAUCUGGAAGCAUGGCUGAUCGCGACAGCUACAAGGCUUGCACGAGAACGAUGGAGCACAAGAGAAUGGGAAAAGGAGGACGAGUCAACCGCUACGAACAUCGAACGCGACCAUGGUGUCGCCGCAGCGGUAGAGACACGAGAGGACGACCAAGGAGAUGAGAGUCGAGACUCUGAACUUGAGGAUGCUAAUCUUCCGUCAAGACAACUUGGCGAUGAUCCGAUAUUCUACUCACAGCCAUUCGUCUUCGAAGACGAUGAUGAUGACGACGACGCCGCCGCCGCCGCCGCCGCCGCCGCCGCCGCUAAAGACCAUGGCCGGUCUACGAAAUCUAAAGGCGAACAAAGCGACGACGAGAGCACCGAACGAGAUGGAAGCCCUGUUCCUCUCGCUGAUGACGAUAAAGCUCGCCAACACUUCCUUCCCAGCGCUCGACACAUUCUUUCCAGUCUAGACGAUCUGCUUCUCGGCCUGCAUAAGGCGCGAUACACCUACGCGGCCAAACCCCAAGGAAGGGCAAGGGGUAAAUACUCCAACUCUCAGACGCCAGAGGAAAGCUCGACCCGCGGGAGGAGUUCUUCACGAGCAGCAUCGAGAAGGAGAGACCGUUCCUCGUCCGCUAACACCGAUGUGUCAGGCGUAUCGAACGCAGCCGCCUUACAAGGUAAACGCUCUCGGAGAGUGGAGACCCUUGGCUUGAGAGAUUGGAGUGACAUCGUGGGCAUGGCGAGCCUGACGGGUUGGGAUCCAGCAAUCGUCGAGAAAGCGAGUGAGCGCUGCACAAAGCUGUUUGGGGAGAACAUGCUGUUCCGCACAUUUCACGAAGGUCGAGACAAGGACGGAGCCGCGUCGUAUUUCACGGAAAACCUUGCCGACCAGGCAGAGGACAUAGAGUCCCUCGUGGAAGAGGAAGAAAUUGUGUCAGACACGGACGAAGAUGAGGUCCCCGUUGUCCGCACCUCCAGGCCUUGUAUAACAUGUCAAGGAUCACGUACACAGUGCCAACCAGCGGACGAACGAGCUGGAGCUUCAAGACCCUGCAAAGCCUGCCUCAAUAGCGACAUGCCGUGUUCAGGGAUCAGAGUCUCCAUCAAAGCGCGAGCACAGGUCUGCCCGCACCGCUCCUGCCCCCGACACAUCAUGCCCUUUCGCAAACGAUACCACCUCCAGCGACAUCUGGACAGUAUGCACAUAGGGGUGCGGCUGGCACGAUCGACGUCGCGAUCACAGUCUCGGGCUACAAGCGUGCCUUCCAGCGAUAUCAACGCCUACACUGGCUCCGACAGUGACUUCGACGUGUUUUCCAGGUCUGGCAGCCAUGAUGCAGCCCAGAUUGUGUGCCCGAUCGGGAGCUGCCCACGGACCACUCGCCCUUUUUCGAAAGGAAAGAAGCUGUACGAGCAUGUCAGACGAAUGCACCCUGAGGUGGACGUCAAGGAAGUCAAGAGACAAGAGGCAAGAAAGCGCAGUGCGAGGAGAGACAGACGGCUGGGCGUGAGGAGAAACAGGACGAGAAGUCGCGAGAAGAUGGAGACGACACACGUGGACGAAGAAAUAGAAAUCGAGGAGGAUGAAGGCGAAGGCGAAGAUGAAGACUGA